AUACCGACUCGAAUCGUUUCCUUCGACCUGGUGGCCCGACUCCUCUGCUCGUACAGAAAAUGAACGCCCACGCUCCUCCUCUGCUCUCGCAACCCUAGCCGCCACCCCGUCGCCGGCCAGCCGCCACGCCGCCGCGCCGUCGCGCCGCCGUCCGCUGCCGCCCCUCGGAUCUACGCAUCGCCCCUCAAGUCUCCAUCCAUCGCCGCUCGCAGCAGCCUCCCGAAGUCGCCGUGCUGUCGUCUCCCCAUCUGCCGCCACUUCCUCCGUUGGUCGCUGCCGGCAGCCGCACGAAGUACAGCUCCUGGACGGGCCUGGCCGCAAGAUCCACGCCAGAGAAGCCGUUCCCCCCAGCUCAAGAAAAUGGGUCUGCCGAAUGGACCGAUGAGAAUACUCGGAUUAUCGUGGAGUUGUUUGUGAAACAAGUGAAGGCUGGAAACAUGCCAAGCACUCAUUUGACACCCAGUGCAUAUGAUGAGGUGGGAAAGGAAUUCUUGAUGAGAACUGGACUUGAGUACACACCAAAGCAAGUGAGGAACAAAUGGACCAAGCUAAAACGUGAGUACAACACAUUCAAGAAGCUCAAGUUGCGCGAGACUGGAGGGGGUUGGGACUUUAAGAAAAACACUGUGAAACAAGAUAAUGAGUGGUGGAAGAAGGCAAAAGUUGUAAGUUCUCAUGCUUAUGUUUCUCAUAUAAGAGCUUCUAUUCCCGAUGGCCCACCGAAAGUUAGGUACAUUGGGAGGACGGGCAUGACAACUCAAAAUGUGAUGGCGAUAUGUGACUUCGAUAUGCACUUUACUUAUGCUUCAAUUGGGCAACCGGGUUCUAUGCAUGAUACAAAUGUGUUAUACCAUGCAAUUGAGAAGGACAGGCCCUCCUUCCCCCAUCCUCCAAAGGGCAAGUAUUACCUUGUAGAUACCGGGUAUCCUAAUAGAGAUGGAUAUCUAGCACCAUACAAAGGAGAAAGGUAUCAUGUCCCUGACUUUCAAAGAGGUGCACCUCCAAAUACUCCUAAGGAGAAGUUCAACAAGAUUCACUCCUCCAAACGCAAUUGCAUAGAGAGAACCUUUGGAGUGUGGAAAAUGAAAUGGCAAAUUCUCCUCAAGAUGCCAAACUACUCAUUCCAAACACAGAUGAAGAUAGUUGCAGCUACUAUGACAUUGCACAACUAUGUUCGCCUCCAUGACAAAGAUGAUAUCCACUUCGUUCGAUGUGAAAGGGAUCAGGAUUAUGUUCCAACAAUUCCGGAUAGAUAUAAGAAGUAUGCUAUUCCUUCAAGUGCAUCAGAUGCUUCAACUUCGGAGGCAAGUGCUCCUGACAUGGAUAGGUUUAGGAAUGAACUAGCUACCGCCAUUGCUCUUGGUUGGUGAAGUCAUGGUCAUGUUGUAUAUAUCUGUACCCGUUUUGAUUUGCAAACAGAUGCAAAUUUGAGAAAGCUUUUGUCGUUGCUUUUGUCGUUGGACAUAUCUCAAACCUUGUGGUUCUUUAUCUAAACUUGGUGAAAUUCAAAAAUCUGCAUGUUCAUUACA